UGUGGCCAUGUCCACGUCGUUGCUGGAAGAUUCCCAGACCGUGUCCGAGUGGCUGAACGCGCUGCACCUGCAGCAGUACUCCGCGGCAUUCCAGAGCGCUGGAUUCGGAACACUUUCGGAAUGUCAGGAGCUCACCACUGCGGAGCUGGAGACCAUGGGCGUGGCCCUGCCCGGACACAGGAAGCGGAUUCUGGGAAGUCUAAAGAGGCUCCAACGCCAGAGAGAAGGGGUGGAACACGAGGGGGAUGAAGAGGAGGAGAAACCCGUCCCGAGAGAGAGGACGAAAUUCCGCUGCAAUCAGUCAGCGGCGACAGACCCUGCUCCUCCCUGCGACCCCCAAAACCAACUAGCGCCGCCUCCUAUUCCCCCGCGGGUUACCCCGAACCGCCCCCCUGUGCCUUUCACCCCCUCCUCUUCGGUGGAGUCCGCCCAAGGCUCAGAAUUAACGCCGCCGCCUGCAGCCCCCGUUUCCAUGGCAACAGCUGCCGUGCCGCCACUGUCUAGGGCCACCACAGGGGAGCAGUUCCACCUGUACGAACAGUGCUCUUCCCUGAACCCAGCAGACAUGGGAAUACCCCCGCUGCCCCCCAAAAGCUACCCCGUCGGGGGGGCAAAGGAACCCAAAGGGCCUCCUCCUUUACCCCGCAGACCGCCCCUUCCUCCCCCCAGAACGACGACAAGCACCGCCACUAAGACAACAAGCUCUCUGACCACCUCAUCCAUCAGCACGCCCACUCUCAGCGCUCCUGCUCCGUCCCACGAGUCGGCUGAUCUCGAGAGGGCUCCUAACGUUCCUCCCCGCACCAAGCCCGCCGAGACGACCCCCAAGAGAAGCGUCCCACUGCCGCCCUCCCAAAUCAGAUCAGUGUCUGAGAGCUCUGAUGAAUAUGAGGAAUCAACAGCGUUUAGCCAAUCUACUCAACCCAUAGACAUGACAGACAAGAAUUCCUCCCUCCUGGUUCCGACCAGUCACAAGGCGCGGUACAGCAGCCUGUGCAGUGAUGACGAACUCCUGGAUGAUGAAGAUGACUAUUACGAAGGCGUCCCAAAUACACUGCAGGGCAGUAUCUAUCUCCCUGUGUCAGGGAAGGUCACGUCCCCACCUCCCAGAGAAGACUCCACUCCACUCAGCACUGUCAUAAAGAUGGGCUGGCUAGACAAGAACCCACCCCAGGGGUCUCUGAUUUACCAGCGGCGCUGGGUCAGACUGGAUGCAGACUAUCUCCGUUACUUUGACAACGAUAAGGAAGUCUACUCUAAACGGAUCAUACCAACUUGGUCCAUUACGGGGGUGUCCAACGUGGGAGAUCAGAAGUUCGAAGUGAUCACUGUGAACCGUACCUUCUUGUUCAGAGCAGAGAGUGACAGUGAGAGGAAUGACUGGGUUUCAGUUUUACAGGACUGUGUAGGUGACGGUCGACCGUCCAGUCAUCGAGAUAUGACCUUUAACCCUAACGUGACCUCUGAGAUGCAGGGUUAUCUGGAGUUGCGAGGCCUUCGCUCUAAACUCUAUGUGGUGGUGUGUGGAGACAAAGUAUUCCUCUACAAAAACAUAGAGGACUAUAAAUUGGGUAUUGGGAUAACCUCCAUUGAUAUGAAUGUGGGGAAUGUCAAGGACUCAGACAGGAGAGGAUUUGACCUGACCACACCUUACCGCAUAUUCAGUUUUAUGGCGGAGACAGAUCAGCUGAAGGAUCAGUGGGUGGCAGCCAUGAGAAACUCCAUCGCUGAAGCUCUCUCCAACUACGAGGUGGCCAAGAAGAUCUGGGCCGAACCGUCUAACCAGCUCUGUGCCGACUGCGGUGCCGCCAAACCCGAAUGGGCCUCCAUCAACCUGUGUGUGGUGUUCUGCAAGCGUUGUGCAGGUGAACAUCGAGGACUGGGGCCAAGUAUAUCCAAGGUACGGAGUCUCAAAAUGGACAAAAAAGUGUGGACUGAGGAUAUGAUCCAGUUGUUUCUGUCGCUAGGCAACGAGCGGGCCAAUCAGUUCUGGGCGGCGAAUGUUCCGCCCAGUGAGGCGCUGACGCCCAGCAGUAGCAGCGAGGAACGCCGUCGCUUCAUCACAGCCAAAUACCGGGAGGGAAAAUAUCGCCGCUACCAUCCGCUGUUCGGCAACCAGAAAGAACUGGACAACGCUCUGUGUGUGAACGUCCAGUCUGGUGACGUGCUGGAGACCCUGUCUCUCCUGUUCUGUGGAGCUAAUGUGAACUGUGACACGGGAUUCCCCGACCUCCCUUCCCCCAUCGCUCUGGCCCAGAACUACGGCCAGAACCUGCAAGUGGAGUUCCUCACUCAGAACCGCAACACGGAAAUUCCUAGGUCAGAGUUCAGGGUUCCCAUCGACACGGUGCACUACAUGGCCCCACCCUCGAUCACGCACAAUGGCUUCCUCUUCAAGACCGCCUCUAUGGGGCGACCAAUCACGGAGCGCAAGGCCAAAGAAGAGUUCAGUCGCCGCUGGUGCACCUUAAACGACGGGAACUUUAACUACUACGAGAGCGAUAAAAACGCCACGCCCAACGGGGGGCUGAAGAUGAAGGAAAUUGUCUGUCUGGCUGUCGACCCUCCUGAGAAACAUGGAUAUGAUCACACAUUUGAGAUUUAUACUGAUUCGGAACGUCUUUAUCUUUUUGGGACGGAUAACCCGGAAACCAUGCGGGAGUGGGUCAAAUCUAUCGCCAAGUCCUUUAUCCCUGCUGGGGCAGAGGAGUUGCUGCUGAAAGACUUUGAGCGGCUGGGCUGUCUGCGGUAUAAAGAUGGGCUGAACCUGGACAGCUCCAGGGUGGGCUGGUUCGCUCUGGUCGGCUCCACUCUCCACAUCUGCCUGGAGGACGGAGGAGAGGAGGCCAUCCAUCUGCAGAAGCUGCUGGAGCUGUCAAUCCAGCAGGACAAUGAAGUUCUGGUUCUGGUUGAGAGAGGCAGGACGCUGUACAUUGAGGGAGAGAGGAAACUGGACUUCCAGGGUUGGUCUGCGGCCAUAAAGAGGGCGGCUGGGAGUUCAGGAGACACACUGUGUCAGCAGCAGCUCACUGAGGGAGACAUUCCUGUCAUAGUGGAGCGCUGUAUCCACUAUAUCACUCAGUAUGGCUUGACGUCGGAGGGAAUUUACCGGAAGAGCGGGGUGAACAGCAGGGUGGCGGCCCUGCUGGAGGCCUUCAGGCAGGACGCACGCAGUGUGUGGCUGAAGGAGGGAGAGCAUCAGGUGGACGACGUCUCCAACGUCCUCAAGAGGUUCUUCAGAGACGCCGAGGAGGGCCUGUUCACCAGACAGCACGCGCAGAACUGGCUCAGCACUACAGCUGUUUCAGUUGAGAGUGAGAAGAUUGCCCAGUACCAGCUCCUCCUCAGUAGCCUGCCCCGAGUGAACAGAGCCUCACUGCGUGCUCUCGUAAACCACUUAUACUGCGUCCAGCGGUUUGCGGAUAUGAACCAGAUGAAUCUCCAUAACCUGGCCAUCGUGUUUGGGCCCACCCUCUUCCAGACGGACGGGAAGGAUUACAAUGCGGGCCGCGUGGUGGAGGAACUCAUCCAACACUACGUGGCCAUUUUCGAUGUGAACGAGCAGCAACUGAAAAAACAGCUGGAUGAAAUCACAUACAUAAUAAAGCUUCGAGACAAUCUUAACACCAAAACUGUGAAUAGCGGAGAGUUCAUCUGUACAGUGUACCUGGAGGAGAAGAAAGAGACAGCGGAACAGCAUGUGAAGAUUCCCGCCACUAUGACUGCGGCAGAGUUAACGUUUGAGAUUCUGGACCGUCGGAAAAUCUCCGUACGAGAGAAAGACUACUGGAACUGCUUCGAAGUCAAUGAGAAAGAGGAAGCGGAACGGCCGUUGCACUAUCAGGAGCGGGUCUUGCCCAUUUUCCAUUCUCUGGGUACAGACAGUUACUUGGUGGUGAAGAAGCACUUCUCUAUGGAGGCCAUGCUGGUCUAUCUGGCCAGUAAAGUUGAUGUGUCGAAGCAUGGUAUGAUGAAGUUCAGAGAAGAGAGGAGUCUGCUGGGAUUGGGUCUCUCUACGGGCAGUUUUAACGAUCGCUACUUCAUCCUCACCAGCUCCUCACUCAGACUCUACAAGGAAGUCAGGAGUAACCGUCCAGAGAAGGAGUGGCCAGUGAAGUGUCUGAAAGUCUAUUUGGGCAUCAAAAAGAAGCUCCGCCCUCCUACCUGUUGGGGUUUGACGGUGGUCUACGAAAGUGAGAAACAGGAAAAACAGGAGAGGCAGCAGUGGUAUCUUUGUUGUGAUACGCAGACGGAGAUGAGAGAGUGGUUUGCCACGUUUUUAAGCGUACAGCAUGAGGGAAAUGUGUGGCCUACGGAGUCAGCGAGGUCUCGUGCAAGUCGUGCAGCGCCUUUAGACGCACGUUUCGGUAACGUGUCACUGAUUCCUCUCCGCGGCAACGAGAAUGAGAUGAGGAACAGUGUGGCCGCUUUCACUGCUGAUCCCCUCGCCCUCUUGGGAAACUUAUGACGAUGAAGUGAGGCGAUGAGGUGUGGUCUGCGGGGAGAUAGAGUAAGAGUAGGAAGGAGGAGCAGGAAGUGUCCUGAGGACCCUUGGCGUACCUUUGGUAGAACAUUCCAGAAUGGACUAACACUUUGGACGCUGUUAUAUAAACGCACUGGACCAUAGUGAUGUUUGUGCUGUUCCGUCACGCCUCUCUGAGGA